AUGGCCUCAACAGCCCCGGCCCCCGAGUCGCUCCUCGCCGUCGCACACUCGCUCCGCUCGACGCUCUCCACCCUCGUCUCGCCCGACGGCUCUCACCACCACAGCCACGCCCUGAGCCAAGUCCCGCCUGCCGCCAUCCCUUACCUCAAGCAACGCACCCGCGACUCGAUCACCCACCUGCGCGCCGGCUUGACCGCCCUCUCGCACCUCGCCCUCGACGGCGCACCCGCAGCACCGCCUCGAGCACCAACGACCCAGCCCGACCCGCGCGACCGCGACAAGCUCCUCACCCUCCUCCGCGACGCCGCCCUCGCCGAGCAGCCCCUCCUCGACGCCCGCACCGCCUCCCUCUCCGCCUCCUCGUCCUCGUCCUCGCGCGCCCUCUUCCCCGCGCGCACCCCGGCACCCGGCUCGGGCGCACGCGGCAUCCUCGACACGCUCGAGCGCGUCGCGGCCGACCUCGGCCUCGUCCACCUCCGCGACGACCCGGCCCUCGACGGCCGCGACGAGGGCCCCGUCGUCCUGUCGCUCGGCGGCAAGCUCAUGGCCGUCGACGUCGAGCUGUCGUCAACCUCGACCUCGGACGCCCCGCAGCAGCAGCAGCAGCAGCGCGUCGAGCGCACAAAGGUCGCCUACGUCGUCGCCGGGCACGACGCCCAGUGCCCCGCCGCGUCCGACAAGCUGCACGCGCUCCUCGCCGCACCGCCGUCCGCCACCACCGAGUCGAGCAGUAGCUCGGCGCAGGUGCGGUGGCGCGGCGUGAGGACGCUCCUCGAGGAGCUGCACGAGCUCGACGACGCGACCGAGCGCACGGGCGACGACUGCUUCGCGAGGCUGACGCGCGACUUGCCCGUCGAGCUCGCUCAGGCGAUCUCAUCCUCGCCGACCUCGCUCCGCCUCCUUCCCUCCCCGUCCUCGCUCCUUCCUCGCCUCGUCUACCACUCCCCGCCAAUCCCUCUAUCCUCCUCGACCACCUCGGACGACGACGACGGCACCCACACGGCGACCAUCUCGCUCACGGCCAUCGUCAACGCGCCGCUCGCCAGCGGUGGGUCCGACCUGGCGCGGCCCUACGUCGCGCGCUUGAGCCCCGCCGUGCCGCUCUCGCGACGGACGGCGAGGAAGGUGUGCGAGGCGCUCGGGCUUGAAAUUGGGCACGAGGGAGCGGCGAGGAUGGACGAGGAGGGGCAGGGCGAGCUGGACCGGGACGAGCAGGAGGACGCCGAGGGGUGGGUCGGGGCGCUUCUUGGCGCUCAGGACGGGCUUGAGCGCGCUCAGAAAGAAGGAGCCACAACCACGCACCCCGACUGCCCGCCGCUCUCCUUCACCCUCACCCCCGCGCCUCCCUCGCUCCCUCCCACCCCCUCUACCGCAUCCUCGGCACCCUCCCCGUCACCCAGACCCGCACCGCGCCUCGUCGCAACCCACCUCCGCUUCGCCCACGCCCCGCAACUCGUCGCCGCGCUCGGCGUCCUCGACGCCCAGGUGCGCGCCGGCGCACUCGUGCGCAGCGCUGUCGUCGUUCCGCGAGGGUCGUCGCCGGCUGGGCGGAUGAGGGCGGGCGCCGAGGGGGCGGCAAGGCCGGCCAAGAGGGCGAGGGCGAGGGAGGGAGGCGGGCUGGGCGGGAUGACGCUCGAGGACCUCUUUGCGCCUCCCUCGCCCGGCGCUCCUCCCCCACCCGUCCCCAUCUCGGUCCACCCGACCUCGUCCCCUCGCGGUCCAGGCGUCACCUUCACCUUCCCCCUGCUCCUCACCACCUCGACGUCGACCUCGUCGUGCGACCCAGGGCUCGCCGGCGCGCCCGUCGCGCUCGAGCUCGUGUGUCCAUACGCCCACAGCCACAGCGAGGGCGGCGCGUUCACGGCGAGGCUGCACCUCCCUCGCGCGCUCAAGCUCGCCUCGCCUCCUUCGUCGAGCUCGCCGGGCGGCGCGCAGGCGGGCGAGGGCAGCGACGAGGAGCAGCAGCAGCGAGAGGAGGCGGCGCGGGCCCGGCUCGAGAGGAGGCUCGAGCGCGUCGCGCGCGUCUCGGGAGGCGAUGCGGGGCUCGUCGUGAGGGAGGUGCUGCGGCGGGUAGGAGCGGCGAUGGCGCCGACGGGCGAGGAGGGAGAGAAGGGAGGGUCGUAGAGGAGAGUGCAACGAGGUGGUGCGCGAGAA